AUGCCCAACAGGGCUGGUCGAAAACGACGUGAUGUUGCGAACCUGGAAAAUUAUUUGACGAAAAAACGAGGAAUAGUUCAAAUAAAAAACAAAGAUGAUCUCUGUUGUGCCCGCGCGAUUGCGGUGGCCAAAGCAAAAUUGGAUAACGAUCCGCAGUACAAGAGCAUCGUUAGUCGCACUGGGACACUGCAAGAUCGUUUAGCCCAAGAAAUCCACGCGUCUGCAGGUGUUCCUCUUGGUCCCUGUGCCAUCCCGGAAGUAAAAAAGUUCCAACGUGAUCUCCAAGGAACAUUUAAACGCUAUGAUUUGUUCCGGUCCUGA